GCGCUGCAGUCUACUUGACCAAUGUGGACGCGAGCGGAGCGGAGUUCCAUUCAUUACGUUAGCUGAAGAUGAAUUUACCAAAAGAUUCCAACAUGGCACUAUCGGAGCGUAAACAAACACACAUGGAUCGAGGCGUCGUGAUUCGAGAUGCCUGGCCUGGAUACCCCUUGGAUCUUUUCACUUUUCCAGAGCAUUAUUUGGGGGAUCUUGAGUGCGUCUACAUCCCCCAUGGAAUUAUCAUGGAUAGGACAGAGAGGCUGGCGAGGAACAUCAUGGAUGAUCUUGGCGAUCAUGACAUCGUUGUUCUGUGUGUGCUUAAGGGGGGUUAUCAGUUCUGCGCUGACCUGGUGGAGCGCAUCGAAGUCUUGUGCUGUAACUCCAGCAAGACCCUUCCAAUGAGGGUGGACUUCAUACGUCUCAAGAGCUACCUGAACGACCAGUCAACUCAAGAUCUCCGCAUAGAGGGAGCAGAGAAUCUCCCUGUGUUGAGUGGAAAGAAUGUCCUGAUUGUGGAGGCCAUCGUGGACACUGGAAAGACCAUGAAGACUCUGCUGGAUCAUGUUAAAGCGUUUGGGCCCAAGAUUAUCAAAGUAGCUAGUUUGCUGGUGAAAAGGGUGCCUAGUGGGUCAGGUUACGUGCCAGACUAUGUUGGAUUUGAAAUCGCCAAUCGCUUUGUGGUCGGUUAUGCCUUGGAUUACAAUGAAUACUUCAGAGAUCUAAAUCACAUAUGUGUGAUCAGCGAUAGCGGGAAACAGAAAUAUAAGGUUUGAAGGUCUCACUUUUUAGGUCAAUAUCAGAAUGUUGACUCGGGAGGAUGGAUGUCGACCAUACAUCACAUAUAAGGUGUUAUCAGACACUUUUUCACAGAAGAUCCUGCUGUUGUUUCUUACGGUCCUGUCUAUGGCUAUGUUUGGAAUUGAAAACCACUUACUAAAUGACAACUGUGCAGUAUAUCCCUAUUGCCUUUUUAGUUUUUUAAACACUUUUUAGCAAUUAUUCCACAAUAAUAGUAUUAAGCAGUGAUAUUGUACAUUGUCACAUGGCCUCAUUCCAUCACACUGCAUCACAAGUGCCUACUAUUUAUCAACUUAGAAAGUAAAAGAGAUAUUUAGUCAGCUUUCAAGACAAAUAAUGAAAGAUAAUAGCAAUGUAUAAAGUUGUGUCUGUACAUAAUUCUGGUUCAUUCAUUACAUUAGAAAUAAAAAGUCAGGGUAGGGUCGGAUGUAGGGUCGGAUGCUAUGUAAAUGUAAUGUGCAUGCUAUGAACAGUGUAGACAGCACAUACUGUAGAAAUAGUAAAAGUAGCAUGUUACAGUAUGCUAUUGCGAACAUACUGUAGCUAUUAAAGGGACAGUUCACCCAAAAAUGAAAAUUCUGUCAUCUACUUACCCUCGACUUGUUCCAAAUCUGUAUAAAUUUCUUUGUUCUGAUGAAAACUGAGAAAGAUAUUUGUAAGAAUGCUCAACUAACUGUUUUUGACCACCAUUGACUACCAUAGUAGGAAAAAUGGGAAACAUUCUUCCAAAUAUCUUUCUCUGCAAGUAUUUUUUGGAACAACUUGAGGGUGAGUAAAUGCAGACAGAAUUUUAUUUUUUUGGGGUGAACUGUCCCUUUAAGUGAAAAUUGAAAAAAAAGUGAAUAAUAGCUUUAAUAGCUAUGUUUGGAAUAGCUAUGUUCUUCAUACAAGGUGUGGACAAGAAUGUAGCAUAUUUUAACUCUUGUGUUUUACCCAUCCAUGAAUAGUUGUUUACUUGCUGUCAUAAUUUAAGCUUGGUAAUGUAUAACACUUGACACAGCAUGCUCACUUUUCACCAGCAGAUUUUCUUUAGAAUAAAAUGUGAAUUAGCUUUACAAUUAGUGCCCUACUUUUAUAAACUGUCGUUUUGUAUUCAAAGAGUUGUCAUAAUGUUUACAUUUUAUAAUAUCUUCAUGUAUUUUAACAACAUUAAAACCAAAU